AUGUCUGCAACUCCUCAGAAACUCGAGGCUCUCCGGAGCCUCCGUGACUUGCCUCACGUAUGGAAGCCCGCCACCUCAUUUGUGUCAGUCCAGACGGCCAACAGCAGAGGCUCGAGUCCUUGCAGCCCAAGGCGCGACCGAAUGAAGAAGAGCCUGGGGCGGCGUACGUGUAGUGGAUUCAACCACGCGAGACUUGUCUUUGUCGCAUCACCAACACCAACACCACCACCAACAUCUACAACUGCAGCUCCAACUACAUCAAUAAGGAUCAUUACUGCGCCAAGACCACCUUCUCCUAAUCGGGUCACAACAUCUGUUCUGUUGCAAAAAGACCUCUUUGACAUUGGCACCUACUACGGUUAUGCUUGCCGCAAUGCGUCCCGGUCAUUCUCGAGUACGAGGGUUGCUGACGCCCCGGACUUCAAGCCCAAGCAUGCCCUCAACAGCCUCAGAAUCAAGGGCAACGCCGCGCCGGAGACAGGAACGCCCAACUUGGAGUCGAAGGAGAAGGAGACGGAUAUCGCUCUGGCCACGGGUCCCCCUCCGCCCGAAGGUCCUUUGAGCAUCGUGUUCACCGACAUCGUCAAGUCGACAGCCAUGUGGGAAAAGAACACCACGGCCAUGUCUCGAGCCAUGUCUCUCCACGACGCCAGCAUUCGCUCCCUCUUACAGCGCAACCACGGCUACGAAGUCAAACAGAACGGGGACGGCUUCAUGAUCGCCUUUUCCACCGCGACGUCGGCCGUCCAGUUCUGUCUGGACGUGCAGGAAGAGCUCCUCGCCGAACGCUGGCCCGCCGGCAUCCUCGACCUGCCCAGUGGCAAGACAACGCUCGACGACGAAGGACACGUCUUGUUCCGCGGCCUGAAGCUCCGCAUGUCAGCGCACUGGGGCACCCCCGUGUGCAACUGGAACGAAAUCAUUGAGCGCAUGGACUAUCUUGGGCCGAUGGUCAACCGGGCGGCGCGCUUCAUCGAGGUCACCGAGCCAGGGCAGAUCGUCGUGUCCGAGGACUUUUUGCUACGGUUGCAAGGAGAGUUGGCCGACGUGGCGAAGGACGAGAGCGUCGAUCGAUUCAGAACGCCAGAGGAGACGAAGCGGACGAAGGAAGACGCCCGGAGCCUCGCCAUGAAUGUGACGUUGACGAACCAUCAAUCGUUUGCGAUCAAGCGGUUGGGCCACCACAGAUUCAAGGGCCUGGACGACCCGCAGACCCUGUACUUCCUGGUGCCCGGCUCAUUGGAAGGCCGCAUGGCACACUGGCAUCGAGUCAAGCAUGUCGCCGGAGUCAAAGGUAAUGUUCGAUCGGACAGUGGCCGCAGAGACGGCGGCAAAGACGACGAUUGA